AUGGCUACUUGGGGUGCCCUCUUUCAGUUUUUUAUCAUUCUGUCUUUCCCACUGUUUUCUAAAUCUAUGUACCUUGAAGAAUCCAAUGAACUGAAAACUGAUGCUGGUGAUCUUAACCUGAGGUGUAUUGACAUUGAACGGUAUGCGCUCCUUCAGUUCAGAGAAGGCCUGAUCGAUCCUUUGGGUCAUCUUGCUUCUUGGGUUGGCAAAGAUUGUUGUAGAUGGAAGGGUGUUCACUGCAGCAACCAAACUGACCAUGUUGUAAAGCUUGACCUCAGAGAUAAAGGUGAUUGUUUCAUGAAAAGAAUUCAAUCUGCAGCGGCUUAUUACAACAACUCAUCAUGUUUGGGUGGAAUUCCAAUCCCAGAUUUCUUCGGUUCAUUUGAGAGAAUGCGUUAUCUCAAUCUCUCAUAUGCACAUUUUUCUGGGAUUGUUCCUCCUCACCUUGGAAAUCUCUCAAAUUUGCAUUAUCUUGAUCUCUUCGCAUAUCCAAAUCCCAAUGAAGUCAUUGGAAGUAGCUGGGUCUCAGACUUAAAUUGGGUCUCUGGACUCACUUCUUUGAAAUACCUGCACCUAGGAGGCCACGACCUUAGUUUGGAAACUAAUUGGCUGCAGACUCUAAGUACGCUUCCUUCCCUUUCUGAAUUGCACUUGUUCGACUGUGCACUGCAAAACAUCUCUCCCUCUCCACCAAAUUUGAAUUUCACUUCCCUUUCGGUCCUUGAUCUAUCUUAUAACCAUUUUAACUCUCUCCCUCAAUGGUUGUUCAAUAUCAGUUCCCUUGCCGAACUUGAACUUUCUUCUUGUUAUAUGAAACCCUCCAUUUCAAAAGCUGCUUGGGAAGAUUUGUGUCAUUUGCAGGUCUUAGAUCUUUCCAACAAUGAAAUCAGUGGCGACAUAAGUGAUUUAAUAGGGGAUCUGUCUCGAUGCAGUAAUCAUAGCAUAGAGAAGUUAAGUUCGUGGCAUAAUCAAUUGAGGGGACAGCUGCCUGAGUCAUUUGGGUUCCUUAAAAAUCUAAGGGACCUUCGUCUGGAUGAAAACUUGAUCACAGGUCCAAUCCCGGAAUCUAUUGGAAAGUUGUCUAAGCUGAACAAUUUAGGCCUCGUCGGGAACCAGUUGAAUGGAACAAUCCCGGAAAGUGUUGGAAAACUCACACAGCUAGCUAAAUUGCGCCUCUAUAAAAAUUAUUGGGGAGGUGUCCAAUCCCAAAAGCAUUUGGAAGGCCUCAAGAAACUGGAAUAUUUUUCCAUAUCAUCUUCAAAUAAAGCGUUUUCUAUCAAUUUGAGUGAUGAAUGGGUUCCACCUUUUAGUCUAAGAUUCAUUGAAAUCGACAGCUACCCCUUGGGUCCAAAAUUUCCAACAUGGCUUAAAACUCAGAAACAACUUCAUGCUAUUGCCCUCACAAUGUUUCUAUUUCAGGCACCAUACCCCAUUGGCUCAGGAAAUUAUGUCCACAGAUUCAACGGAAAAAUACCAGAUAGCAUUGGAAGCUUAAAACAGUUGGAAGCUCUUGACCUCUCACACAACAAUCUUUCAGGUCCAAUUCCUCUGAGUCAGGCCUCUAUAACCUCAUUGAACAAAUUGAAUGUGUCAUAUAACAACUUGUCUGGAAAAAUUCCAUCAACCAACCAGUUCCAAACAUUCAAUGAUCCAUCCAUUUAUGAGGGUAACCCUGGACUUUGGGGGAGUCCAUUGCAAACCCCGUGCCUGACUGUCAAAAAUGGGAAAGUUGAAGGUUGUGAUGCCAAAGAUGACAACAACGAUGAGGAUGAUACAUUACCAUUUUACAUUAGCAUGGUAUUGGGAUUCGGGAUGGGAUUUUGGGUAGUAUUUGGCAGUUUGGUAAUGAAAAGGUCCUGGAGACAUGCCUACUUCAGAUUCCUGGAUAGAGUAGCGGAUUGCUUAUACAUCUUCAUUAAGCUGAACAUGGCCCGUUUACAAAGAAUGAUGAGCAAGGAGUGA